AUGGCUCCGCUGCCCGCGUCUCGCGUCACGCCGUCUCGCGCUUUUGGUCGCACCGGAGUCGAUUACGCCGGGCCCUUCUCCGUGCUUACAUCGAAGGGACGGGGGAUCCGGACCACAAAGGGCUACAUCGCUGUCUUCGUGUGCAUGACCACCAAAGCCGUGCAUCUGGAGCUUGUCGGCGACCUUUCCGCGGCCAACUUCUUGGGUGCUCUCACCCGUUUCACCGGUCGUCGAGGCCGACCAUCCGAGCUUUGGAGCGUCAACGCCACCUGCUUCCGUCGAGCUGAUUUGGAGCUCCGCGAGGCGUUGCAGGGCGCAGAAUUUAACUGGGACCUAGUCGCCGGGACUCUUGCCUCCCAGGGGGUUUUCUGGCAGUUCAUUCCUCCUGGUGCGCCACAUUUUGGAGGACUCUGGGAGGCCGCGGUCAAGUUGACCAAGAGCCAUCCAUGCCGUGUGCUCGGUUCUCGUCAUCUAACGUAUAAAGAGUUCUCUACGGUUCUCGUUGGAAUUAAGGCCGUGUUGAAUAGCCGCCCGUUGACACCCUUGUCUGGCGAUCCCUCUGACCUCAAAGUGCUCACGCCUGGACAUUUCCUCAUCGGGGCUCCCGUCUGCUCCAAAAAAGUAGCCUUGUUUGCACAAUCAUCAAUGUUAGAUGAAAUAGACAAGGAGCCACCUUGCAAAGUAGCAAGCAUUUCUCUAGGUAGUAUGACAUACGAAAGUCUAAUAACGAAGAAACAUCAUCCCAUCACUGAAUUCUUAAAUCAUCAACACAUAAAUUAUGAUCUUAAGUGUAACGUCACCGGUAUCAAUCGACAAAAGUUGAUCUCGAAACAUAAUCAUCAUAAAAACUUGUCCAAAUGGUUUUUUGGAAAUCUACUGCAAGGAUCGGCCAUCGAAAAGCUCUGCGAGUGCGCGAUCGAGGAAAAUCUGACGGACCGCGAGGCAGUUGUACGAGCAGCCAAGUGCCUACUGGGCGCAGUGACGCGCGUCCUCCUCCUAGCAGAUAUCACAGUCGUCAAACAGUUACUCAUGGCUAAGGACAAGGUGGCGCGCAGCCUCGGCCGGCUUGAAAGCGUGUCCAACUUUACCGAGUUUGUGAAGGCCUUCAGUCAGUUUGGCGCUGAGAUGGUCGAGCUAGCGCACAUGACGGGCGAUCGACAGCUUGCAGGAUCGGCCAUCGAAAAGCUCUGCGAGUGCGCGAUCGAGGAAAAUCUGACGGACCGCGAGGCAGUUGUACGAGCAGCCAAGUGCCUACUGGGCGCAGUGACGCGCGUCCUCCUCCUAGCAGAUAUCACAGUCGUCAAACAGUUACUCAUGGCUAAGGACAAGGUGGCGCGCAGCCUCGGCCGGCUUGAAAGCGUGUCCAACUUUACCGAGUUUGUGAAGGCCUUCAGUCAGUUUGGCGCUGAGAUGGUCGAGCUAGCGCACAUGACGGGCGAUCGACAGAAUGACCUGAAAGACGAGAGGAGAAGAGCCCAAAUGGCGGCGGCUCGUCAAGUGCUCGAGCGCAGCACGAUGAUGCUGCUUACGUCGAGCAAGGCCUGUCUGAGGCAUCCCGAGUGUCCCUCGGCCAAGGAGAACCGAGAUACUGUGUUCUGCCAAAUGAGGCGGGCGAUGGAUCUCAUCCAUUACGUCGUCAAGGACGGGGUGCUCGACUGCAGCGAGUCAACCUACGCGAAUUCGCAAAGUCCACAGCAGGAGGACUGGGACAGCAGCACAGUGUUCGCCGCGUUGAAGCAGUUCGAGCGGCUGGUCGAGUCGACGCGGCUGACUCUGCUGAGCGCGGGCUGCCGCGAGACGCUCACCGCGGCGCUGGACGUCGUGGUCGAGCGCACCCAGGACUUCACCGACAGCGCCUACACGAGCCACGAGCACCGGGAGAACAUACUGCUGCUCUGCGACCGCGCCAAGCUCGAGCUCAAUACGCUGCUGCGCGUUGGCAACAGUAUGAACUUCGAGGUGAGUUCAGUGUCGGGCUCACCGAGCUCGGAGCUCGACCAGGCUAUACUCGCGGUGCUGCAAGCGACGCGCGAUUUGCGCCAGCAGUUGUGCCAGACGACCAUGGAGCAGGCGGGAGAUCUUGGGCAGGUGACAAAGGCUGGCCAGGAGCUCGUCUCGACAAUCAGGAAUUUAUCACUGGCCAGCGACAUUGAUCGGUUGCAGGAGAGCAGCGACCGGUUUCACGAGUACAUUGACCACAUACUUGAGGUUUGUAAGCUUCUGAGACACGUGGCACUAUCGGAAUCCCUGCAAGUUUCAGCAAAGUUCACGGAAAUCAACUUACGAAUUUACGGGCCUCAAGUAGUUACAGCUGCCCACACGUUAGCGAGGCAUCCAACUAGUAAAAUCGCCAAGGAAAAUCUCGAAGUGUUCGCAGACAUGUGGCAAUGGUUAAUGUCAGACGUGACGACUGUAGCAAAAGACGUUCUUGAGUUGAGCCAAAGCCGACCAGAGAAGCAAGUUUACAUGUCCCUUCCACGACCAGGAAAACAUGGCACGACAAGCAAACCCCUAAAACCCGUAAGACUGGACAGCGAGGAGCAGGCUAAAAUCGCGAAAGCCGGCCUCGAGAUGAAACGCAUAACAUCGGAAAUGGACGCGGAGACGGAAAAGUGGCAGGAGAACGGCAGUACCAUGGAGGAGAAUAACGAUAUCGUGAAACGAGCGAAAAACAUGUCCUCCAUGGCGUUCUCCAUGUACCAGUUCACGAGGGGCGAGGGCGCUCUCAAAACCACUCAGGACCUGUUUACCCAAGCUGAGUAUUUCGCCGAGGAGGCCAACAGAUUGUACAAAGUUGUUAGACAAUUCAGUUACCAGGUACCGGGUGGGCCUCACAAGAAAGAACUUCUGGAGAAUCUCGACCGCGUGCCAACCUACGUCCAGCAGCUGCAGUUCACAGUUAAGAACCCGACGGUCGGUAAAGCUGCGACUUUCGUUAAGGUCGACAAUGUCAUACAAGAAACGAAAAACCUCAUGAACGUCAUAUCGAAGGUAGUCACGACGUGCUUCGUCUGCGCCACAAAGCACAACUUGAGCAUGCCGCAAUUCGUGGAUGUGAAUCCUGCUUCGGUGCCCGGUCUGGGGGAAGAGGAUUGCCUGUACCCGAUUAGUCCCCAAAUGUUGCCCAAUGCAAAACCCUACGUGCAGCCGCAUCCUCUUACACUGGCACAAUUGUACACAAUCGUGAAACAACCGGCCGCGCCAUCACCAUCACCACCACCACAACCACCAAGUCCGUCGAUGCUCCACGAUUAUCUGGACAACCUGAGCCGUGAUCAGACAAAGACACCCAUUAUCCAGCACUACUACUUUGAUCAUUUACCGCCAUCAGCUCGCGAAUCCUCCCAGCUACUAUUUCCAGCCACAACCACGACCAGGAAUAUGGCAGACUCAAACAUGGCAACAGCAAUCGCAGCAUCCGCGCCACCCGACAACCACAAUCAACGUUACUAUCGUAAAGGUUUGUCUCGACAGUAUCAAUACAACCUGGAUUUCCGAGGUCUGUCGGUGCGCGGGGCCGGCGGCUCGCCGUACCGGGGCGGAGACGGCGCGGGUGCCGACGGCGACGGAAGCGGGGCAGGCGGCGACGGCAGCAAGGUGGGCUCCGCCCCAGGCAGCGACCCGUCCGUCUGA